UUCAUGUUUCAAUGGACAUCAAUAGCACACAAAAUCAUCACUUCCACAUCCACAUAUCCACCACACCAUGGCAACCACCACCACCACCAUGUUCUCACCCCCAUCGGCCAUUCUCUCCUCCACCACCACAACCACCACCCCACCCUCCCCAUGCAAGUUCCUUCUCCCCUUCAAACAGCCCUUAACUAACUUAACUGCCGCCGCCACCAUCGCCGCCAUUCUAACCACCGCACCACUGCCUUCCCUGGCGCAAGAGUCCCCCUCCUACCAAGUCUACUACGGCACUGCCGCCAGCGCCGCCAACUACGGCGGCUACGGCGGAAACUCCAACAAGAAGGACUCUGCUGAGUAUGUCUAUGACGUGCCUGUUGGCUGGAAGGAACGGUUGGUGUCUAAGGUCGAAAAGGGUACUAAUGGAACGGACAGUGAGUUCUACAACCCGAAGAAGAAGGCAGAGAAAGAGUACCUCACUUUUUUGGCAGGGUUUCGCCAACUUGCACCAAAAGAUGUGAUUUUGAACAACUUGGCACUCUCUGAUGUGGAUUUGCAGGACCUGAUAGCCAAUGCUGAUAGCUUGAGCUCGGAGGAGGUGAAGGAUGAUAAGGGGCAACUGUAUUAUGUGUAUGAGAUUGAUGGGGUUGGCACUCAUAGCUUGAUCUCAGUGACUUGUGCCAAGAACAAGCUCUAUGCCCAUUUUGUCAAUGCCCCCACUCCAGAGUGGAAUAGAGAUAAGGACAUGUUGAGGCAUGUUCAUGAGUCUUUCAAGACUGUGGGGUCUUUUUAGUUUGAUUUUGGAGUUAAGCAUUUGGUAGAGGUAAUCAAAUGAUGAAUGAUUGUAUAUUAUGAGGAUGAGAUGAUCUUUUGAUAAAUUUGAAAAUUUUACUAUC